UUUUACCAACUGUAAUCUCUAGGGUCCAUCACCACAACGUUCGGACACUCUUCAAAAAUCUCUUCAGCCAGAGCCUGGGAAGGAAAGUGAAAAAGGCCCUCUGCGCAAUUUGAACGGCUCAUUGCCUAUCAAAAAGGCUAGAUUAUCUGAAAUUCCUGCCGAAAUAACAAAGACACCUCAUAGGGAUGCUAGUGCAGAGGAAGCAGCUGAAGCUGAGAAACUUCCUGAUAUGUAUGACAUCUUGAAGUUGGUGUCAACUGGGAAACAUUAUGAUCAUUUGGAAGGCGAUACAGAAACCGUCGACGAGAAGGGUCUUGAGAUUGAUCGUGUGGUAGCCAAGCUGGACGAUCUAGUUUGUUACGCCGAUAUUGAACGUCCUCCCACUCGUAACACUACUUGUACUCCUGGAUCAACGACUUCAAACCAUUCAUCUGUGAACUUCAAGCGCUUCAGAAAGGUGGGAGAUUAA